GCUCACACGGUAAUACAGCUGGCAUCUGUGUACUGAUGCGGUUGGGCUGGAGGUUGAAACUUGAAAGAAGCAAUUAAAGAAGAAUGAUUGGACUCAUCCUCCCAAUUGGCCCCGCCAGUCUACUGGUCUGGACCCAGGUAAUGUUUGGUGUUGAAAUGGUUAUAAUGAUAAUUAUCAAAUUAAUUAAGGCCAUAUUUUAUUAAUUAUGAAAUAAUAUAUUUUAUCAAACCAUCCAAUUCUAAUACUUAAUUGUGUUAAUCAAUAUAAUAUUAUCAUUACAUGAGAAAAGUCUCCUCUAAUGCAUCCAUCCAUAAUACAUGUAAUGAAUAAAAUAUAAUAAUUCAACUCAUAAUUAUCCCUUAUGCAACUAAUAUAAUUAUCUUACAAUAAGUAAAAGUAGCCACAUAACCAAAAAAUAUUUACCAAUGAUCUGGGGUAAUGAAUUAGGCGUGUUUGUGCGAAUUGCCUUAGCUUUCAGGUUUUUCAUUCAACAUAUAUAUAUAUAUAUGUAUUGUUUUCCACACUUUACAAGAACAAAUAUAAAAGUAACAAUUAUGAGCUUUAUUUUUAUGCAUUCAACUUUGAGUAACAUUUUACUCUUGAAUUGUUCUAGAGAGUAUUAAGUAUGUGUUAUAUAAUAUAUUUGAUACACAGAUAAUUUUCUAAAUUGGUUUGAUUGGUAAGUAGUGUCUGAAACCAAACCAAACCACCUAAACCAAACAAGUUAUAAAAUUUAACCAAAGCAAACCUAUUAUCCAAAUUAAUCAAAUUAUCCAAAUACUGUUGGUUAAAAUGGUUACCACGGUAACCAAUCUGUUUGAACACCCCUACUCUUUUCAUCCCUUAGGGUAAUGAACUGUUUAGUUAUUAGCUGCUUUUUGAAGUUGGAGAACCGCAAUGGGUUGGGUAAUAAAUAAGGUUGUCAAUCCGGUUUAGCUUGUUGGCCCGUUGGGGCAAGUGGGUUGAGAGGAAUUUAGCUCGGUUUAGCCCAAAUAUAUCAAAGUCAUUAUAUUGUUCAUAGAUUUGUAAAUUAUAUCAAAUCUCAUCCAACAUAUGGGUAAUAACAUAUAACAUUAUAUCAAACUAAUAGUUCGUACUUAGAUCCAAAAUAUAGUAAAAAUUUAAAUACACACAAAUAACACCAUUAUUGAAAUGUUCAAUUUAGAACUCCAAAGAUAGCGUUAAGCGAAGGGAACCUCCGCAAAGAGGUGCAUUUCACAAAACAAAGAAAAACGAUGUUGUGUGACCUCCAACCCGAGAAUCUUACUGGGGUCGACCCUCGGAUGUGUGGUGGCCAUUUUUCUCACAGGGUUAGGAUCAAUCCGGGUCAACCCACGGGAUGACAACUUUGCUAAUAAACUAAUAGUACAAGUUGAUAAUACAAAUCAUGAGAAAAUAUUGAGCAAAAUACACUUUGAUAGUCAUAACUUUACACUUUGUGACAAUAAUAGCCAAAUUUUGAAAAAUACACUAAAAUAGCCAUUCCGUCCAUAACUUUUUGAAAAAGUGGCUAUAUGUGUGUAUUUUUCAAAAAUUGGCUAUUAUUGUCACAAACUGGUUAGUUAUGGCUAUCCCCGUGUAUUUUGCCAAAAUGUUGGACCAAAACAGUUUACUAUCUCGAUUAAGAUGUUGUAGCACAUAUCAAACAAAUACUCUGGAAAAAAACUAUUCUUUGGCUUAAAUUAUAAAUUCCAACACACGCAUAGUUUUGAUAUCCUCAAUUCAAGCGAAUGACAAAGACACAAAUCGAAGCAACUAAAUUUUCACCACAACUUCAUAAAACAUUAACAUAAUUUGGUAUGAAAAUACAAUCCCUUUUGGCGAAGUGUGAUUGUGAAUGAAGGAGGGAAUGAGAUUUGAAAAUUUAAGGUUGAGACUCAAGUCCUUUUGGGGAGUAGAGAGAGUAGUUGAGUGCAAUGCAGUCAAAAUUGGGAUUUUGAUCGUAGUUGUAGGAUUUGGGAUUUUAUUUAGGGAUUCCGAUCCUGAUUUUACUAUAAAAUCGAUAGACCUUAAAUCGUUUAAAAUUGGGAUUAAAAUCGUAAAAUCAUACAAAAAUCGGGAUUUUGAUCGUAUGAGAACAAAAUAGGUGGUUUGAGCCAAUUUAAAAGAAACAUAACUGUUUCGAUGGAAAGGGCAAUGACGGGAAUCUUCUCAGAUAUUUUUUCUAUUAAAAAAAUAUUUAUAAAUAAUAAAAAUAACCAAAUUAGGGCUCGAUCAAUCUCUUUCCCUUCACCCCAUUUAACUUAUUGGUAAAACAGUUAUCCUAAUUUGGAAGUACGUAAGAAUUAACAUCAUUAUUAAUUAAUUAAUUUACUAAUAAAUAUAUUUGUACCAAGCCACUAUUAUUACUUGUUUUAUUGGAGUUCAAUUAUUUUUAGUUUUAAAUCAUACUUAGUAAACGAUGUCGGAAUAUUACUUUGAGGUAAACUACCUAAACACAACAUGAAAACUAGAGCCAAACCCCAAUGAGCUCUGUCCCUUAUAAAUUAUUUUGAGGUACACAUUAAAUAAAAAUUAAAUAGUAGUGAUUUUGAAACAUUAAUCUUGAGAAUUAUCUUAUGUAAAAAAAAUUCUUGCGAAUUAUCAUUUUAAAUGUUAUGUGUCUCUGUAUUAUUAAUGAUUUACCUUAUCAAUAUUAUUAUAUGUUAUGUUUUAUAUGAUACUUAAAAUCCUACGAUUUUACGAUUCCUAUUUUACCCCACUUUUCGAUUUUACGUAAAAUCACGAUUUUGACUGCUUUGGUUGAGUGGGAUGUUUCACGAAUUGGGGAAUGAGUUGUUCCAAUGUCUGGUCCGAUAGAUAGAUCAGACCAAAAAGCCCAAAAUAUUCUUAAUACUCUACUGUUCGAAUCAAACUGUGCUAUCCAAUUUGGUUCAUAAUUUUUCUAACAUUAUAGUCUACUAGCGUGGGCCCCGGCCAGUUGGCCGAAGAAAAGUGAGGUAUGUAAUUUGAGAAUGUAAUGGGGUGUAUAACUUAUUGCUGUAUAGUUUUUUUUUGGGAAACACGUGAUAAAGAUAGUGAAAUUUAACAGGAAAGAGGCAUGAAUGAUGCAAUGAAUAAAAAAUCAGUCUUAUGAACCAAGUUCGAGUACCUGUUAGUGUUACCUUGUCAAACAAUAUUAUUUCUGGUAAUAUGAUGAGGUGGAGUAAGUUUUAUAGAAACCGAAUUCCAGAAAACCGAAUAAAAAUUAACUAUCUGUCGGUCUUCGGGAAAUGAGCAUCUCACAAUCGUUGCUAGCUUUUAAUUUUCUUUAAGAACUUCAUCUUGUCGUCAUUGUGCUUUCUGGUUUUUGCCAGACCAUGAUAAAAUCUAAAGAAAUAAAAAAACGAACAACAUGAUUUGGGAUAGGAACCGCCAUUCCCGUAUCCCUAGAAAAUGGUGGUAAACACAGACUCAGCUGCCGAACUGGUUUGGAUUGAGAUUUUUAUUUGGUGUCAGGGAACCAUGUGAUUAUAAAUUAGGCUUGAUCAAAAUGUGCAAAAACUUGAAAUUCAGCCUGUUUGACCGACCCAUGCCAAACUCAAAUUAUUCUUUACUUUCAAACUUUCUAUUUGAAAAAAAAUAGUGAAAGAAAAGAGAUGACUGCAAUUCGCCAUUUGCACAUCACUGCUUCGGGAACAAAACCAUAGAAAUUCGAAAGGAAACUGAAAAUGUUUCGGAUAGUUUUAAUGUUAAAAAUAACCAAAUAGAUCUUUUUGUUUAGUUUUUUACUAACAAAUACCAGACGAUUUCCCAUAAAAUAAACUAUAAUUUAAUCAUUAUUAUAUCAAAUAAUUACAUUAUAUAUAUUUGAAAUGAUAAAAAUUGGACUAAUUGGGUUGGUCGAGGUUGAACCAUUUAAAAACUUUAAAAUACAUUAUAUUUUAGCCACUAAGAUAUAAAAUAAUAGCAUAAUAUAUGUUAUGCUAGAAAAAAUAGCUUGUUUUCGGAUGACAAACCCAUGAUGUUCAUUUGUUUUACUUUAUAGCCAAAUCCGGUAUAGGUCAGGCCCAUUCAACUAUUUUAUUUUAUAGUUAGCGGUUAGCCCAUUAUAAUCCAUGCAUUAGUUUAUUGUUAAAUCCUUUUCUUUUUAGCAAUAAAAAAUGAGUAUUGUUUUUGCCCUUUCAUAUAUAUCUUACCAACACCGAGAAAUAAAAGAGCUUAAAGAAACCUGUUCUGUUUUUGUGGGUGCAACAAUUCCUGGGCCCGUUUAAGUCCGCAAGAGUACGGUAAGUUGACCCGUUUCACAGAGGAAAGAGAAAAAUAUUUUUCACUCUUUAUUCUACCCUUUCUACAAAUGCUGCUGAAGCAGGAAAAAUAUUUUUUUUCCUUCAUUCUAUUCAUUCUAUUAUAUUAUGUGUAGAUUUUUCCAAAGAUAAUAGAUGGAGGCAUGGAGCAACAAUAAGGCCCUUCAUUUUCUCCACUGAAUUUCCAAAGAGGUAUUUUUGUGACAUAUUUAUGAAUGGAAUUUAAGAGGAAGGAAAGGAAAGGCCAUCUUGCAAUUCCACAGAAAGUCUCCAAAUUAAAAUUCCACAUGAAGGAAACAUUUGAUGGGAAGUGGUAGUAGGAGAGUAGUGUUAUUAGUCUUGGAACUAACUAAUGAAAGGGACAAGACGGCACCGGGCAGUCUGGCGUAUGUCACGUUCUUUUAACAAAUGAUAUGUGUUCGUCCUAAUGAGAUUAUGAGAAUCGUCCUACAAACAGAAGCACUUGUGAAGGAAUGAGAAAUUUAGAUUAAUUAACAUAACAAAUCGUUAAAUUAUUAUAAUUAAGGAGGACAAUCAGACCAGAAUUCCUGACUUGCUCCUCUCUACUUUAGAGAAUUAGAUUUGUUAUUAAUUAAUUAAUUCCUGACUCCUUCCUUCCUUCCCCAGGUCUUUGUCUCAUCUCUCAUGCACGACGGACUGUCUGGUUUUGUCGUGUGGUGCGUCUGUCUCUCUCUAGUACUGUAAUAAUAUUAAGCAGCAGAUCCAAGAGAGAGAAUGUACCUACCAGAUUUCACGCACCCACCAACACCACCAUAGCCAGUGAGAAAAAGGUGUACAUACUAUACAAGAAGGAAGAGCAAGGACGAAGUUGCAUUGUUGCUUCCUUCCCCCUUUCCCACCGCACCAUUUCCAUUGCAGCUUCUCAAACUCUAGCAGCAGCAGCAUUCAUUCUUCUGUUCUCGUGCCUGCUUUCUCUAGAUCUCCCCCUUUGCUCUCUCUGUAAGGGUAUAUGGUUAAUUUUGGUUUCUCAAGCAUUGAUGUGCUCUGUUUUCCUCUCCCUUUCUUACUGAUUCGUCCUUUUCCUUGUCAUCUAGCUUUGCAUAUUCAUCCAAUGCGAGCAGUGUCUUCUGCUUCUUCAGCCAUACUGCCGCUCUGAACUGAACUGGGCAAGACCCAUUUCAUUUCACCCAGUUUUGGUUUCUGGGUCGGCUCACUAAUUAGUGGCGGUUAUGGAGGAAAGCUUCGUACCAUUCCGCGGGAUCAAGAACGACCUCCAGGGAAGAUUGGCUUUCUACAAGAAGGAUUGGACGGGUGGUUUCAGCGCUGGGCUAAGUAUUUUGGCACCAACUACCUACAUAUUCUUCGCCUCUGCAAUCCCAGUGAUUUCCUUUGGAGAACAAUUGGAAAGGGAGACAGAUGGGGCUCUCACGGCAGUUCAGACAUUGGCUUCCACUGCAUUGUGUGGAAUCAUUCACUCCAUCAUAGGAGGUCAGCCAUUGUUGAUCCUUGGAGUGGCAGAACCCACUGUGAUCAUGUACACUUUCAUGUUCAAUUUCGCCAACAGCAGACCUGAAUUGGGAUCAAAGCUCUUCCUAGCUUGGACCAGCUGGGUGUGCGUAUGGACUGCUCUCUUGCUCUUCCUUCUCUCUGUGUUAGGAGCAUGCUCCAUUAUCAACCGGUUUACCCGUCUCGCUGGGGAGUUGUUUGGCCUUCUCAUUGCCAUGCUUUUCAUGCAGCAGGCUAUCAAAGGACUCAUUGAUGAGUUUCGGAUACCGGAAAGAGAGGACCCGAAUGCAGUCGAGUUUCAACUAUCAUGGAGAUUUGCAAAUGGAAUGUUUGCCCUGGUCCUUUCAUUUGGCCUUCUGCUGACUGCCUUGAAAAGCAGAAAAGCAAGGUCUUGGCGAUAUGGUUCAGGCUGGGUGAGGGGCUUCCUAGCAGAUUAUGGUGUACCAUUAAUGGUCUUGGUAUGGACUGGACUUUCCUACAUACCAACUGGAACUGCUCCGGCAGGUAUCCCAAGACGCCUCUUCAGUCCAAACCCGUGGUCAGCUGGUGCCUACAAGAACUGGACUGUGAUAAAGGAAAUGCUCGAUGUCCCAGUUUUGUACAUAGUGGGAGCUUUCAUACCAUCAACAAUGAUAGCGGUGCUAUAUUACUUUGAUCAUAGUGUGGCAUCUCAGCUAGCUCAGCAGAAAGAGUUCAACUUGAGGAAACCACCCUCUUUCCACUAUGACUUGCUUCUUCUUGGUUUCAUGGUCAUCUUGUGUGGACUCCUUGGAAUCCCUCCAGCGAAUGGCGUCAUCCCUCAAUCGCCAAUGCACACCAGGACUCUGGCUACUUUAAAACAUCAGUUGCUUCGUAGAAAACUCUUGGCCGCAGCACGCAAGCGCAUGAGUGAGAAUGCAAGUUUGGGGCAAGUUUAUGCAAGCAUGAAAGAGGCCUAUCAACAGGCUCAAAGCCCACCGAACCUCCCGGGAUCUUCUGCUCCUGGUCUGAAGGAACUGAAAGACUCGCCGCUCCAGAUGGCUGCAAGACUGGGAAGCUUCAAUGCCCCAGUUGACACUACAGUAUUCGACAUUGAGAAGGAGAUUGACAACCUCUUACCCGUCGAGGUGAAAGAACAACGGCUAAGCAACUUGCUUCAGGCUGUAAUGGUGGGAUUAUGCAUUGGUGCCAUGCCUUUGAUUAAAAAGAUCCCGACUUCAGUCCUUUGGGGCUACUUCGCAUUCAUGGCCGUCGAAAGCUUGCCAGGGAACCAGUUCUGGGAAAGGAUCUUGCUCCUCUUCACUGCUCCUAGCAGGAGAUACAAAGUGCUGGAAGAUUACCAUGCCACAUUCCUGGAAACCGUCCCUUUCAAGACCAUCGCAAUGUUCACAUUGUUCCAAGCUGGUUACUUGCUGGUGUGCUUUAGUAUCACAUGGAUCCCGAUAGCUGGAGUGCUCUUCCCUCUGAUGAUCAUGCUUCUGGUCCCUGUGAGGCAAUACAUGCUGCCCCAGUUCUUCAAAGGAGCACACCUUCAAGAUCUGGAUGCUGCGGAGUAUGAAGAGAUUCCAGCAAUGCCAUUCAACUCAACCACUGACAUAGAGAUGUUGAGCAGGGGAGCUUCCUUUGCUGACGAUGGAGAGAUGUUAGAUGGGAUAUUUACUAGGAGUAGAGGGGAGAUUAAACGAGCGUGCAGUGGACCUAUAUUGGCGUCUGAAGAGUUGAGGACCGUUGAGAGUCCUCUCGUUGCAGACAGGGGAGGAAAUAUAACUCGUUUCAGAGGAGAUCUGAGCCCUCGCCAAGCAAGUAAAGGACCUUUUACUUCAAAACCUUCUCAUUUGGGGAAAACCGGGUAGAAAUGAAGGUGUAAAGGAUUCACUUCCUACUGACGAAAAACAGAAAAGCUGAGUACAUAGAUUAGUGCUGAUGCUGAAGAAUUUUGUAAAGGAGCAUAAGCAAAAUGUAAAAUGCUCCUCAUUCGUUGUUUAAUCUUUCGGUUAUUUGGUAGUCUAUCUCUUCUCUAAUGGACACAAAUUCUGUCAUCCACGAUUAAUCUGAUUUCACUUGGUCAACUACCAAGUUUCAAGUUUACACCCUUUGCAUUGAAUUGUAGCUCCAGAAAUCGAAUUUGUUAACGUAACUACAUUCUCAAAGUCGAAGAGAAGCGGACAUAGCUACUGGAAGCAUUUUUGUCAACUUAUACACAACUCUUUCUUGUCAAUUGCAGACAAUACGGAUCGCGUUUGCAACUGGGUAUUCAAACUAACGUAUCCCGAGAAUGCAUGCAUUUCAGAAAAUAAACUGUUUCUUGCACAAAUCUUCCCGAAGUGCCAGUAUUUCAAACGGAAGAAAUUAUGUAUUUCAAAGUUGAGAAUCCUAAUAGACCUUCUAAGAGUUGGUGGUUCCAAGCUAUUCUUAGCAGGAUACAGUUGUCUACAAACUAUACUAAGCUUCUACAGAACAGGACAAGCUCUACAUCACUUAAUACGCCCACCUCUCUGCAAAGGGGAACAAAGGAUGACAAUAGGC